GAGUUUGCUGUGCAGCCAAGGAAAGAUGGAGUUCUACAACCAAGCGGCCCGGGCAAUCGACCGAGUCAACAACAAACAUGGGAGCCUGAAAUCGAUUGUUUUCAACCUUGCAGCCAACAGCAAUACCAAAAACAAGCAGCCGCAAGCCGGGUCCUCAGCAAGCUCGAUCAAGGCAAGACAGGUCAGCGACGGUAAAAGACUCUUGAGAGUGGUGGCCGAAACAUUACGAUAUCGUCAGGUGAUCGAAUCAAUCCUAUCAGUCGUCGAUGUCCUGCGUUUGGAGUCCAAGGUCUUCGGCUCGUCUUCCAAGUCCUCGAAGGGAACUAGUUCGAAACAAAACGAACGAUGGCAACACCCAUCCGCGCAUAGCCUAGUCCUCAUCCUUAUCCAUGAUCAUCUUUUCUCCUCUCGCGGAAUCGCACUUUCGAAAAUCCACAAGAUCCGCGCGGCCAUCGAGCGUCAUUCAUCUGCACUCAAGGCCGAACUCUCGCGUCUGAUGGUCCGACAGGCCGUUUCUCGGGUUUCUGACUUGGCCGAUUCUUUCCAAAGGGGGACGGAUUCGGUGGACGAAGAUUCGGGUGGGACGAACUUGAAUUCUCCUCGUUGGAUGAGAGUUAAUACGAUCAAGUGGAGCGUUGAUCAGGCAAAGGGAUGGUUCAUCGACGCCGGCUGGACUCAAGUCUCCUCUCUGGAAGCCCUGCCAAAUCAGACGAGUGACAGUCCUGAUCAGCUCCUUGUUUUUGCUGAGGACGAGCAUGUGGCGGGUCUACUAGCACUUCCCUCGGCGGUAGUCCUCGCGAAACUAGCACCCUACGUGGACGGUCGACUGAUCGCCCAAGAUAAAGCUUCAUGCAUGCCUGCGCAAUUACUCCUAGGUGAUCAUCCUCACAACCCUCCAAUCGAAGUCAUCGAUGCCACCGCUGCUCCCGGCAAUAAGACUACUAUGCUCAGCUCCAUCGUUGGCCCGAGGGGAAAAGUUUGGGCCUUUGAAAAAGAUAAGCAGAGGUUUCAAGUCCUCACAGAGAUGAUUAAACUCGCGGGUUGUACUAAUGUCCGUUGCAUCAAUGGUGAUUUUCUGGCUGUCAAUCAUGAUGAUGAGCGGUUCAAGGAUGUUUCAUGUAUCCUGGUGGAUCCAUCAUGUUCGGGAUCAGGAAUCUCUAAUCGACUCGACCAUCUCUCCCAAACGGAUUCCCAAAAGAAGCGAGAUGAAAAUCGGAUCCAAUCCCUAUCUCGCUUUCAGACGACUAUUGUUUCUCAUGCGCUUCGUUUCCCGUCUGUUCACCAAGUGGCUUACUCUACUUGCUCAAUUUGGAAAGAAGAAAACGAAGAAGUAGUCUUCAGGAUCUUGAACAAGCCUGAAAUGAUUGACAAAGGCUGGUCCCUCAAAGAGGUAAAAGACACGUUCCUUAAUAAUUCGAAAACUCCGUGGGGGCGGACUGGGGAGGUGAUCUCCACAAAAGAGAAGCAUUUGUCAGAACGGAUGAUCAGAUUCGAUCCUUCAGUCGACCAGACGAUUGGCUUCUUCGCAGCAGUCUUCCACCGCCCUGUUCCACAACCAGGCCCUGCCAGCGCGAAGAAGGCUGAAAGAAGCACGUCUACUGCAAUUACUCAGAAAACGGAACGCGCCCAUCAUCCCAAGACUAGCUGUGACGAAACUCCAUUGCCGUUCGCCCAAUCCCCUAAACUAAUCGUCACUGGUAAGAAGGAGAAGAUGAGGACAAAGAGGACUGUCCUUUUCCACGGCAUCCGACCUGGCAGGUUAAUCUCCAUAUAAGAACGCGAUCUUCAUUUGAUUGCAUCUUUGUCUUGUAUCUACCUUGCUUGAGAAACCCAAGUCUUAACAAACACUGGGAUGAGUUGAGGAUUCUCAUGGAUUAAAUCGGACAACAAGCUUCCUCACAGUGGCAAUAUGUGAUGAACGCUAUGACUCCCUUAGGUACAUGAUCCAGGACAACCAAAUAUGUUAGAUACUAUUGCUUGGAAUCCUCACAUCAUGUCCCCACUCGUUGUUGAGUCGGUGGCUAAGUGAAAAUUAGUGUUAA